AUGCCCAGGUACGAGCCGCCGGAGGUCGAGCAGGCCCCGCUCGAGCGGCUGUGCCUGCGGCUCAGGCAGUUGGCCCUGCGCCUCAAGGAGCAGGUGCCGCGCCUCGGGCAGAUGCUCGGCCAGUCGCCCACCGCGGCGCAGCUGAUGGAGGCGUUGGUGCAGCAGCCUACAGAGGAGCGGCUGGAGGAGGCCCGGGCGUCGCUGGUCGAGUGCGGGGCGCUCAACAGCACGAUCGACGAGCGCGCCUCGAUGACGGUCCUGGGGCAGCUGGCGCUGGCGCUCCCGCUGGACCUCCGACUUUGCAGGCUGGUCCUCUUCGGCGCUCUGUUCGGAUGCCUGGCGGACGCGGUGGUCAUGGCAACGGCGCUGAGCCUGCAGGACCCGCUCGCGCGCCCUGUCGGCGGUCUCGCCUGCGACCGCAACAAGUAG